AAGGUUUGAACCGCCGCUCUGCGUCUUGCGCGUUCUCUUCGUCGCAGCUCUAGUUGCUGCCGCGCUCUCACUGCCGAGUUGACAGGCAAGUGGCAGUAUUUCUCGGCGACUAAAAUCGUUUUCUUUCAUCAAAAAGCAUAAUUUGGUUAUUUCAUAUUCGAGAAACAUCCCUGAAGUAGUCUGCAGGCGCAAACGCUGCGGCUUUGAGCAUUCUGGAAAACAAGCUCUGGAGCGGGCGUUGACUGGCUUCAUUUCCACAACUUUGCGCCUCGGACUUGCCCUGUGCAUUCUUUGCCUUGGAAGGACAUCUUAGCUUGUUAUAGUAAUGACGGCUGAAGUAUGGAUGGUACUUUAUGAAGAUGACUCAGUGCAUGUACAAUAUGUUGAUGGUUCCAGAUUACAGCUUUCUCCUUGUGGCUCUGAAUUCUUAUUUGAAAAGUCACCUCCUAUUUCAGCACAUCCCUUAGAACAAUCACAAAGAAUUCGACAAAGAACACACUUUGUGAUUAGCACCUACCGUGAGCAACUACAGCGAGCCCUAGAUUUUCGAAACUCUUCAGCUAUUUAUCCUUAUUUAUCUGAAAACAUCAUACCUUCUGAAAGAAAAAAGCGUAUCUUCAUUGACCUCUUAGAAGUGAGAUGGCCCAGUCUUAAUGCAGAUGAUAACAUGAUAUGUUUGGACAAUGGCACUGUGAGGGUAACAUCUUUGGAUGGGCAUGCAUAUCUUUGCCUGCCCAAAUCUCAGCAUGAAUUUACGGUACAUUUUCUGUGUAAAGUUAGUCAGAAGCAAGAUUCCUCUGUAGUAUUGUCAGAAAAAAAUAAUCAAGAGCAAGAAGACCAACUAGUUCAAAAGGCCGGCAAAAUCUGUACAUGUGGAAGUUUAUCAGGACAGAGACUGAAGAGUAAUGAAAAUGGACUUUAUUGCCAGAUUAUGAAAUCUAAAGGAUCUUUAGAGAAGACAAGUUGUGCAAGUGGAACCGAAGGAAAGGAAGAACUGCCUUCACCUGCCACAUGUGUAUACACCUGGGUAAAGCAAUGCUGGUCGGUGACCUCCUGUCCAGAGGAAUGGAAAUACCCUUUGUCUUUAGCGCUUCAUUUUCAUAAUAAAAUGUACAGUAUAUGUAAAAUUGAUGCAGAUAUCACCCAGACUAGAAUUUUAACUUCUGAUGUUUCAGAGGAAAGAGGAAACGAAGUUUCUGCUCUUCCCAGGGCCCUGUUCCUCAGCUGUCCUGUCCCACACCUGCACAGGUGGGAUUUUUGUAAUUCACGUUUACAGAGACAGAUUGAUGAGGAAGAAUAUUCUUAUCCUGAACUGGUGAAAGUGGUUUGGUAUAAGGGUAUUACAUAUAGACUUAACCAUAAAAACGUAAACUCAAUAGAGAUUUAUCCUGGAGAUGGAUCUGUUUUCAAGUCAGAAGGAGCUUAUUUGGGGAACUAUUUUACAUAUUAUUCUAUUCAAGGAGGAUCAGCAGAGAGAGAAGAGAAAACUUACUCAGUUAAUAACCUUCCUCCAGACAGACCAGGAAGUCAGUUCUCUCUGCGUUCCUUAAUUAAGCAGGCGACCCGAGUUCUUCAACAUUGCACCAAGAUAAGGCUUUCUUUAAGCCAUAACUAUCAUAUAUGCUGCUGGAAAAUGGUAUCCAAGAUAAAUGAUAGCAAGAUACUACCUUUGCUUUUGAAAGAAUCAUUCAUACCUAGUGUGGGAAGAUUUCUUGCCUAUUCUGAUAACAAAGUACAUGCUAUCUUUUUAGAUGGUGUUACUCUAACCCUAAAUUGGAAUUUAAGCUCUUCUGCUGAAAAGGGACAGGUAAAUCAAGGUCUCAACUUAGGUUGGUGUAAGCUAACUUUUCCUGAUGGACAAGAUCAGCUAAUUCAAAUUGAACAUGCUGGACCAUAUGAAAGCUAUGUGACUGCAGUCAAGUCAUGGUGCAGAAGACUGACCCAGACUGGUCCAAGAGAAGUGCUGACACAUCCUUCAUCUACCGUUCUCGAAGAAAACUGGUCUGUCACUUCUGAACUUGAAAAGAUACAGAAGUUUAACUCGCUACUAGAAAAUAGUGGUGUCCUCAACUGGAUUUCUAACUCAAAAAAUGAACACUCUUCUGAUUACUAUGAACCAAGAUCUUCAGAAACCUUGCUAGAAGUUAAUGAAAAGAGAGUAUCUGUAGCAUUGAAGAAAACUUCCGAAAUCCUUCAGGAUAUUGACUGUCUUCUAUCAAACUCUAAAAAGUGAAAAAUCAGAGCCAGCUGGUGGUGUGGUGAAGGCGACUAGAUCCCACAGGCAACUGCAUGGUUUGAGUCCCAGACCCAACAGCUUGAAAACAUGCCAGGUAGUAUGUGCACACGAAACUCCUGAGAGAGGGACCAGCAGUUAGCAUAAUAGCUAUGUCGCUGAACUCCCAUGUAGUCUACCGUGGUUCGA